CUCUGAUGUUACUUCUUUGUUGGCCAGUGCUGGUGGCCAGUGUGUCUUCUGUCAAAAAAAUGAACUUGCAAAUAAGGUUCACCUUCAGAUCAAGCAUAUCAGAGAAGCAAUUUAUUUUUUGGAAAAUAACCAAGAGAAAUUUGUGAUCGCCUGCCUCUGCAAGGAUGUUGAAAAUGCAUCCAGAAGUCAUUACCAUUGCCCAUUUUGCCAUUAUAGAACAUUCACACGAUCCGCCACCAUCAUCAAUCAUUUUAAAAGCAUGCAUGCUCUUACUUCGUCAAAAAAAAAACAAGCGACUCAAAAACGGAAAGCAGAUGACACUGCGGAACACAAGAAGAGGUUACGUUCUAACCCUAGUGAUGUCUCAUGUCCCCACUGCACAUCUGUGCUAAGUGCACCAAAAAACUUAAGACGGCAUAUCAGAGAUGUGCACAACCUUGAUGCUACACCGAUGAUAUGCAUAGAUGUACAAAAUGGAAUCUAUGUCACUCCAAAAUAUGACCAUAGUCCAGUUUUCCCCAUUCAUGUCAUCAAGACAACAAAUCCACCCAAUAUUGACUGUGAGGUUGAGAACUGUCGUACUUUCAUGAAGAUUGCUUGGUGUUCAGGAAAUCCUGGAAAAGAAUGUGUACACCUUGAAAGAACAAAAAGUGCCAAACCAUAUUCACAGCCAGCAGUCCUCACAUCCACCUCCUUGCAGGAUAUGUUAAGCAAAGGGCUGAUGUCCUCUGAGUGGGGGACAAAAUGUGAAAAACUAUACACUGCUGCAACAACCAAUGGAGUGGACAGUGUGGUUCCUGUUUUCUUUGGAGACGAGGGUUACUCCAAACGGUGUUUGUUUUUUUCAGUUUUUACUGAUGAAAGAGACAACUGGUGCCGGUUUGGAAGAACAAGAGUGACCUUUGACACAGUGGCAGGACAGUGGAACUGUCAGUGUCAGGGAACUGGAACAUCACAUCGAUGUAUACAUCGAAUGAUGGGAAUGUGGUGGAUUUUCCAGGAGUCUCCAGGCACCCUAGUCACCUCUGACUUACAAGUUGAGGACAUAGACGACUUGGAAACACAUAUGGUCGAGAGCAGCCUUUUCUGUGAGCCACACAAACUCACUUCUCAAAAAGUAACUGUGAUGACAGACUAUUUAUCAACCAAAAAGCGCAUCCCGUGCCUGCAGGACUUACCGUUGGAGCUGAGGACUAAGGAGAGACAGCCACCCCCCUGUUUUGUCCCCUCAGAAGAAACCUGCCCCUACUGUCCAGGGCCCACCCCUCCAGAUCUUAACUCCCAAGAAAAUGUAACCACACAAGCAAUGGUGUAUGGGAUUAAGUAUAUCCAAAAAGGUGUUUCAGUUGCUGUAAAACAGUGCCCAACAUGUGCAAAUCUGGUCAGAUUCCAAGAUUUUUCCACUGGUUUCCACAACUUCAACAACCGUGUCAUCUUGACACUGCCACUUUGUGAGCUUCUCCUGUCUGGUUUGGCGAACAAGACAACCACUGGACGCAUGCUGGACACUCUGUCAUUAUUCAACGACAACCGGUACCACCACCAAAUUGUGAGGAGGGCAUUCCAUCACUUUCUGUCACUGACCAACUUUAAGUUUGACUUUUGUUGCCACCAGUGUGGGUACAACCCAGCUGUGGUAGUAGCUGAUGCCAACUGGAAACUUGCCUUUGAUGUCCCACUUGGGACAUUUAAAAGGCCUGAUCCAGAUACCAUUUCUGAAAGUGACCUGGAAGUUGAUAUUGUCAAGGCAUGGUCAGAGCUCGACAAGUCACAUAUAGCCGAAGGCCUCAUAUCAGGAACAUCUGUGGCCAAUCCCUUUUGUACGUCUGUUCGCCACUCGACACUGGCACCAUGGAUGGGAGAAAAAACAAGAGUUGGUAACAUUUUACCUAAAACUGAGGCCAAAAAGGCAAUAAAAAAAAAAAGAUGACAUCAAGCAUCCCAACAUGAACAUAAAUGAAGACAUCAUACUGGGAAUCAUUGACUCAAAGAAGCCUCAAAAAAAGGAACUCCAGGACGCUUGUGAUGCUCUGGGUGUAUCCUCAGAGGGAUCGAUUUCGGAUAUGUUGAACAGGCUUCUGGAACUCCUUAAUUUUAAGGACAUUUACCCAAAGCUUUUUGUGAAGCUACAGAAAGCUGGUGGUGGUGUCCUUCAUUUCUCCUGUGUACAUGGCAUAGUGUACUAUAUGAACAUUCUGUUUUGGACGGAGUCGGCAAGAGACCAUACCACAGAGUAGUGCACUACUCUGUGGUAUCUGUGGCAAGUACUUCCGCCUCUGUGGCAGAUGCCGGAAGUACUUGCCACUGCCUGCAAAUGCCAAGGCACAUGCCACGGCGAGUAUAGUGGCAACACUCAUUGUGUUCUAGUGGCAACACUCAUUGUGUUCUAGAAUGAUAAAUAAAAUAACAUUGUACCUUGACAAUCAAUGCAUUCUAAUAGCGGGUACAUUUUACACGUUGG